UUGACAACUUUUACAUCACUAGUUUUAAAACGCGGCACGCUCUCAUGCCCCUGGAAUUAUUACGUUUGCUAAAAAAUACCAGGCUUUGUGCAAGAAGCAGUGUUGUUUUACGAAAAUACUAAUUAAAUAACAACUAAAUAAUACAAUCAUUCUUGCAAAAGAUUUACAAUCAUGGCUUCAAGUGAGGGUCGAAGCGCUCAGUCAAACUUGCAUCAGCAAGAUCUAACCAAAUUGGAUGUCACAAAACUGUCGGCUUUAUCACCCGAAGUGAUAUCAAGGCAGGCAACUAUUAACAUUGGAACCAUUGGCCAUGUAGCUCAUGGAAAAUCGACAGUUGUGAAGGCAAUUUCAGGAGUACAAACUGUCAGGUUCAAGAACGAGCUGGAAAGGAAUAUCACUAUCAAGUUAGAGCGCGUGUCGGACUCAGUAGUAAGAAUGUAUCAAGAAAUGGCAGAAGAGAGAGAUGAAAACAUGUUCUUGGAAAAAUACAGAAAAUCACGCAAAAGAAAUUUUUCUCUUGAUCCUGAUGAAGAGGCGGAAGCUCCAGCUGCAAAGAAACAAAAGAAAAACAAAAAGAGAGAAACUGAAGAAUAUAUCAUAGAAAAAAUUCUAGAUUUUAAAUUUUAUGAGGGAAAGCCAUUCUUUUACAUAAAAUGGAAAGGUUGGUCUAAUAGUGCCAACACAUGGGAACCUCUGGAACAUCUUGAUAACUGCCCAUCAUUAUUACAAACAUUUUUAGUGAACAAAGAAUUUGAGUAUUGCGAACAAUUUGAAAAACUCAAAGAAGAAAUUGCAUUUGGUGACCUUUUAAGUGAUGAUAACCUUGCAAAAAGAUUGCAUGAGCUUGAAGAUAUAGAUGUGUGCAAAUUGAAAGAAAAACUCUUGAUUAAGUUACUGUCAAUGGUUAUACUCACUGAAGAAAAUGAGCAUUAUGGCCCAGAACUUGUCCAAGAAGCUCGUGAUGUUUUACAAUUGUAUGUAUUAGCCAGAAGACGUAGUCGUCAAUUAAUGGCUUUGAAAGAUUGGGAGGACCAUGUGAACCAAGUUGAUAAAUCUAAAAUGAAAUUAACAGUCAUUAAUGAUGUUGACCUGGCUGGUCCACCAACAAAUUUCACUUAUAUAAAUGAUUGUAUUCCUGGUGUAGGAGUAACGGUACCAGACGAUCCACCUAUUGGAUGUGAUUGUACAUCUUGCAACUGUCGUUCUAAGUCCUGCUGUGGUAUGCAGGGCGGCUUAUUUGCUUACACCGUUAAUAAAAGACUGCGGGUGGCAUCUGGUACUCCAAUUUAUGAAUGUAACAAGACUUGUAAAUGUUCCUCUGAAUGUAGCAAUCGUGUUGUACAAAGCGGCCGUAAUGUGAAACUUUGCAUUUUUAGAACAGCUAAUGGCUGUGGUUGGGGUGUAAAAAGCGAGCAGAAAAUCAGACAGGGACAGUUUGUUUGUCAAUAUGUUGGGGAAAUUAUUACUUUUGAAGAAGCUGAGAAACGGGGAAGAGAGUAUGAUGCAAAAGGACUAACAUAUCUGUUUGAUUUAGAUUUUAAUUCUGUCGAGAAUCCGUAUACGGUUGAUGCUGGACAUUUAGGAAGUGUAUCUCACUUUAUAAAUCACUCCUGUGAUCCAAAUCUGGGAGUGUGGGCCGUCUGGGCAGACUGUUUGGACCCUAAUCUGCCGAUGAUAGCUUUGUUUGCGACACGCGACAUUGAAAUAGGGGAAGAAAUUUGUUUUGAUUAUUUACAAAAAUCAUCAGAUAGUGAUGACACAAGUAGUACCACAACAAAAACAGAGAAUAAUGCUACAAGUUCCGACUGUGAUAGUGUCAGUAUUCCUAAUGGCUCUGAAGCAGGGACACCCAACUCUCCAGCUUCACCCAUUAAAUCAAGAUUUGAAAUGCAACAAGAAAAUAUGGCUAAUCUUAGAAAUCGUACUGAAUGCAAGUGUGGAGCAAUCAAUUGCAGAAAAUAUUUGUUUUGAUACACUAGAAAUAAAUACAGCAAAGCUAAAUACUUUCUUAGUUUUAAUAUACAAAGAGUACUGUAUGUAUGAAUGUAUUUUAAAUACUGUUAUUCUUUACUGUUUAGGAUAGACUGAAAAAUACUUUUAUGACGUUUAAUUGCACUGUUAAAGUAAUGGAAUUUUUAAUAUUCCUCAUGAUUUACAAAUUCCAUAUGAAUCUCUUUUUAUAAACUGUUUUGAUAUUUUGUGGUCUGAUUUCAUUAGUAUUCUGAUGUUUUAUGUCGCCUAUGGGUUUCACUAUAAAUUAUGUUGAUGAUUAACUCAAUGAAAUAUUUUAAUAAAAUACUCAAACAAUUUAUUACAGUAUUCAAUGUAAUAUGCAACCAAGAAAUCUGUCUGUCAUUCUUUUUGUAAUAUAAUAUCCUUCCUUUCUUUAAAUAAUCACAAUAACCUUAAAUAGAUUUUAUAUGAGCAUGCAAAAUAUUCAUAGGUAAUCCAAAUAUUGUAGUUGUAACACAUAAUUUUAUAUCGAAAUUUAAAAAGGUGCUGAACUUGGUAGAAGAACAUUAACUUAUAGUAUUUUUUUAUAAUUAUGUCGACAUUUAAAACUUAUCCUUCCAAUUGGUGGCCUUGAAAAAGUAUUGAUAUAUUUGUGUUAAGAUUUUUACUAGUUUUGAUAAAUGUUGUAUUGAAGUUGACGAACUAUGCAGUUGUAAGUAGUUAGGUAUAUUAUAGUCUAAGUUUAUUAUUAAGAAUAAAAUGGUUCAGAUGCACACA